AGGUCAUGAUGGGGGGCCACCAGGUCAAUAGAGGUCAUGAUGGGGCCCCACCAAGUCAACAGAGGUCAUGACGGGGGGCCACCAGCCCAUGGUGGCUGCCCAUCCCCACGUGUGCGUGUCCCCCCCCAACUUCCCAUCUUCUCCAGGUGACUCCUUGAGCUACCACAACGGGCAAAAAUUCUCCACCUUCGACCGGGACCAGGACCUCUACGUCCAAAACUGCGCCGCCUUGUCCUCGGGGGCCUGGUGGUUCAAGAGCGGCCACUUCUCCAACCUCAACGGCUUCUACUUGGGGGGCGCCCACCUCUCCUACGCCAACGGCAUCAACUGGGCCCAGUGGAAGGGCUUCUACUACUCCCUCAAGAAGAGCGAGAUGAAGAUCCGGAGGCUGUGAGGGGGC